AUGCAGGGCUCUGAGGCAUCGGGCCCCGGUGCGCUCGCUGGCCUGCCUUCCACGCUGAGAACGGUGAUAGCCAGCCCGACGACGUCACCGAUCAGCCUCGUUUCCUCCCCAUCACAACCGUCGUCUGUACAACAGACCGCGUCAUACCUGUCGAAGCAACAAAUCCAAGAAAACCUCCAGCAUGUCUUUUCGACGCUGUCCUCAGACUAUCGACGGGGCCAGCUGGUUGCCGCCGGUGGCAACUCGACCGGGUCGACCGGUAAAGGCAUCUUGAUCGGGAUUUUGUCCGCGUUUGGCUCGGCCGCCGUCGCAUUCAUUGUCCUUGCGAUUUUCUUUUUCUUCAAAUAUACUCGCCGUGGACGGAUUAUGCUGGAUCGCAUUGGCCGACCGGGUGAAUACGAUGAUGAACAGGCGUUUUUGCGCGAGGAGGAGGCUGCGCUCGAGACCAUGGAUGAUUUGUCGCGGUCGGAAUACCUGCGAGCCAAAGCUUUCGUUCAGGCCAACCCGCCCGAGUCCAUGCAGACCGAUAUCUCCCUAUCGCAAUUCCUCGCCAUUCAAGAAAAGGGUGUCUCCGCAUGGGAGUUCCAACCCGAGCUGGAAAUCGCAAACUGUUUUGUGGAAGGACGCACUGAGAUCGAAUUCUUUGACUCAGAAUGCAGUGUCCAGACCAACCUGCCAAUCCCUAAGCAGAAUGAUGUCUACUAUUGGGAGGCCAAGGUCUACGACAAGCCCGAAUCGACCAUGGUCGGUGUCGGACUGACCACCAAACCGUAUCCGUUGUUCCGAAUGCCUGGCUUCCACAAAACCUCAGUGGCCUACCAAUCGACCGGCCAUCGCAGACACAACCAACCAUUCACCGCGACUCCCUACGGCCCUCCACUCCUCCAGGGCGACGUCAUCGGCGUUGGCUACCGGCCUCGGUCGGGAACCAUCUUCUUCACCCGCAACGGCAAGAAGUUCGAAGACGUGGCCCAUAAUUAUCGCUCCCAGAAUCUUUUUCCCACGAUCGGAGCCAACGGCCCCUGCAGCGUCCAUGUGAACUUUGGUCAAAUGGGAUUUGUGUUUAUCGAGGCCAACGUCAAGAAAUGGGGCCUGGCCCCCAUGACUGGCAGCCUGGCACCGCCCCCACCUUAUGGCAGCGAACAGGGCAGCAUUCUGCUGGAAUCGGGCCGCGAGAGUGCCGCCCAAAUUUCGCAUCGGGUCUACCAGAAUGCGGACCAUGCGGCGACAAGCUCCAGUGUCCGGAUUCCUCCCGCUGUCAGCCCGGGUCCCGCUCGGUCCCCCACCGACAUUUCCCUUGCCCAACUGGCUCACAUCCCUUCGAAUGAAGACGCCGGUGAGGGAUCUAGCCGUCUGGCAGCCGACGAUGGUGAAGCCCCCAGUUACGUGGCUCGUGUAUCGGGAGCACCCGACGAGCACGGAGUUCCACCCCCAGAAUAUUCCAGCCCCGACAGCAGUCGCAGAGGCAGUGAUGCUUUCCUAGAGUUUCCUCCCAGGACGGAAGAACCAAUCUCUCCCCCUGCAGACUCGACCGAUGCCGACACUCCUCAGUUACCAAGCUACCAAGCUGUGGCCGAGAGGGACUGGCAUGACCACUCGUGA